UGUAUACUUAAUUAACCUAAUUCAUUGCAACAACGAUGGGAAAGUCUGCAAAAUUCUUCAAACGACCUACACGCAAGGAAAAGGCUGUGUUAUCCUUGACAAAAGGAUCUGCCGCAAGCAGCUUAUUCGACGCUGUUAGCAACCAUCACAACGAAAGUGUGGAGGUUAAUAAGAAAAAAGGUGUCCUGUCUACUACAGCUAAUCCUACUAUUAUUAAGAAGGGAGCAGGAUCAGCAGGGGAGCUAGGAGCACAACCCUCAAAAUCCUCACUCGCAUACAAGAUACAGCUUAAUGGUGGUGUCAAACAGGCCAUAAAAGAUAUGAAGCUGUUGCACAAGAACGACGGUGGUGAUGAUGAUCUGAUGUCAGAAGAUGAAGAUAUGGAAAUCAGAGACAAUAAGACUGUGGUGGCAGACAAGGUUAAUAUCAACAAUAAUGGUGACAAGAAGGAGCUGGACAAGACAAAGCCUCGACCAGAUUAUGUUGAGUUGAUGUAUGGCAAGCCUCAGACAGGGAACAAGAGGAAAACGUUCAAGCCGAAACCAGCGCUCAUUAAAUAAUAGAAUGUAUCAG